CGUUUGGUAAUUUUGGCGAGAAAAUUAUACACAUUUUUCGUUCCAUUUGGAGAAGCAUCUGUACAACAUCUGACAAAAAUGUCCAAGGCACAUCCUCCAGAGUUGAAGAAAUACAUGGACAAACGUUUGUCCCUCAAAUUGAACGGUGGUCGGGUGGUUUCGGGUAUACUACGCGGAUUCGACCCCUUCAUGAACGUCGUGCUUGAUGAAUCCAUCGAGGAAUGCAAGGACAGCACUCGGAACAACAUUGGAAUGGUGGUUAUUCGUGGAAACAGUAUCAUCAUGGUGGAAGCAUUGGAUCGGAUAUAAACAUUCGUAGGCUCUUUUUGGAAGCCUACGUAAACUUCUUUGUAGCAUAAGGACAUGGGUGAACAAUAAAACUAAAAACUAAUAUUACAUC